AUGGAAUAUUGUUUAAAAGACUUCGUACCUUCAUUUCCUCCCUAUCCGCCAAUGGAAUAUUGUUUAAAAGACUUUGUGCCCUCAUUUCCUCCCUAUCUUCCAACGGAAUAUUUUUUAUCAAUAAAAAGAAAUGGUGGUUGUAAAAGUAAAGCUCCGAAUGCAUUUCUAAUAUUUCGAGCAUGUAUUACAGCAGAAAUGAAAGAUUUAAAUCUACAAAUAGGUGACGCUUGUAACAUUUCUCGUUUUGCCAGCAAUCAUUGGAAAAUAUUACCAAUGUAUCAAAAAGAUGCCUACAAAAAGAUUUCGUCCGAAUUAAAAGAGAUUUUUCUAUAUAAACUUCCUAAAGUUCAGUAUGAACGUUUUUCAGAGAAGGAAGUCGAGCUUAACUCAACCUCUAGAGACCAGUUUAGAAACUAUCACGGGGAAGAAGGCAAGCUUACUCUGAUUACUAACGAUCAACCUGAAAACGUUUACGAGAAGGAAAACGAGCUCAACCUAAACUCUAAUAUUUGGUUUUCCCUGUAA